GCAGUCACCUCGGUGUUUGCAAAUAUUGAGUAGGCUUCUCAGCAACUAUCUUCUGGAGCGCGAGCGAGCGAGCGAGCGAGCGAGCCCCAGGAGUGGGAAGGCAAUCUCAACAGCAAGCAUCGAGGAGACUGCAAAAAGCUACAGAAAUAGCGAAAACAACAAAAGCCAAACCAGCAAAAAGAAGAAGAAGAAGGGGCCCCCCAAAAAACAAAAAAAAAACCUUUGAUCUAUUGCUGUGCAAUUAAACUUUGCAUGAAACUUUGCUUUUUUUAAUAUAUAUAUAUAUUAUUUAAAAUAUAUAUACGUUUAUAUAUAUAUAUAUGCACAUAUAUAUAAAUAUAUACAUAUAUUUAAAAAAAACUUCGUCUGAAAUUCUGAACAGGAAUUUAAUAUAUAUAUAUACUUAGCCGUAAAUUGCUGAUUUUUUCCCACCCCUUUAAGGUACUUUCUGCUGGGUGAUAUUUUCCCUCCCCCUUUUUUGUGAUAUUUUUUUUUGCUUUGAUUUCGGUGGUCUUUGGAGGAGGAGGAGAAGGAGGAGGAAGUGAGACUUUUUGUAAAUAGCUGGUCGUAUUUCUGUCACCAUCACCUGCUGUGGCGACUUCAGCUGAGAGCCGGAGCCCGAGAACCUCCUUCGCGCUGCUCCGCUCUUCCGACCUGCGAAAAAAACCCAGCGAUUUGACGCUGCCUUUGUGGAGGGCUUCUUGUUGCAACUUUCGUUCCUCGCUCCGCCUCCUCCCGCGAAAGGCAUGGAUGUACUUCCAAUGUGUAGCAUCUUUCAGGAACUCCAAAUUGUUCACGACACUGGUUACUUCUCCGCCUUGCCAUCUCUGGAGGAAUACUGGCAACAGGUAAAGGAGGAUGGGGAAAUGCCUAAAGAAUGUAGCUUGGUUACUAUUUUUGACUCUGCAUUCUUGACAAGAGAAAAGCCUUACAGAUGCUCAUGGGAAGGAUGUGAGUGGCGCUUUGCAAGGAGUGAUGAGCUAACCAGACAUUUCAGAAAGCACACGGGUGCAAAACCUUUUAAGUGUAAUCACUGUGACAGGUGCUUCUCCAGGUCUGACCAUCUGGCUCUUCACAUGAAGAGGCAUCUCUGAAUGAUUGGAAGCUUGAAUCCUGUGGGCUAAGAGGCAUCGAGGUCAAGAUGGCCUUGGAUGAAAGGAUGCAUAUUCCAGCCAAAGCAUGCCAUUUUGCACCCUAACUCAGUGGCCUCCAGGUCCUCUCUUCCAUGGAAGGUUUUUAGAGGGCUAGAUAAGUCAUGUAAGAAAUGGCUGCAGUGACCAUAUAUGGUGCAGGUCUCCAGCCCAGGGGACCAAACCUUUCCGAAUGGCUUCCGACGCCUUCUGCCGUGAGCGAACUGGGAGUGUUAAUGAAUGGACAACUUGUGUGUUAUGGAGGAUCUACUGGAUGACUGGAUGCUGAGGCACAUUUUUUUAAAGAAAAAAAAAACAUUUGUUCCUUGUUGUUUUCUAACCGUAAGAGAGAAAAAGCUGUCUGAACAUGGGAUUAUUAUUUUUUUUAAUUUUAUUUUUAAUUUGGGUGGGUGGGUGGCGCAUGUGAAGAGUGUUAUGUAAGAUGGAAGGAUGCACAUCCUUUUGAUGGGGGGAGGGGGAAAUGGUGUCUGCACCUUUUUUUCCCUUUUUUUUUUGUUUUCUGAAGGGGGAGAUGGAAGGGAGGGAAGAAAGGAAGGAAGAAAAAUCAGAAUAGAGAAUAUCGGCAUGGGUCCCUAUCCUGUGUGAAAGGAGAUUUUGGUGUCUGGUGCAGCUAUUAAAUGUGCAAUGUCUCCCGUAGCUUGUCUGACUUGCUACAGAGCUCAUUUGUAAUCCAUUGUAUAAGCUGUGUAUUUACAAUAUAACACAACCUAUAACUUUUUUCAUUAUAAUACAAAGGUUAUUGCAUGGUUCUGGAGAACUAGAUGCUUUCCCAUUCUGUAAUCAGGACUGCCAUUUCUCUUUCUCCCUCUCCCUCCCUCUCUCUCUCUCUCUCUCUCUCUCUCUCUUUCUCUCUCUCUCUCUCUUUCUCAACUCCGGUUCAAAGCUGCUACACUGCAAUUGGUUUAAUGUUACAUAACAUACCAAACCCAAAUAGUGUUCCCCCACCCUUCCUUGAAUUACUUUUUGCUUUGUCCUAUUGGGUGGAUAAAACCACUGUAGGUUAGAGAUGGAUAUUAAAACAAAAACAAAAAAGGAACUCGUGCAGCUGUUUUCCCCAUUGCCUCAACACCUACCUUCUUAUCUUUUAUUUAUGCCUUGAGGUCUAAUUUCUGGUUUUCUACCUGUUAAUGCACUGUUGACCUUAAUAAUGGUGCCUUAUGCAAAUUGAAC